GUGCCCUGGCCGGGCAGGUCACUUGGUUGAAGUGUCUUCCCAAUACACCAAGGUUGCGGGGUUCCAUCCUUGGUCAGGGCACAUGCAAGAAUUGACCAAUGAAUGCAUAAAGAAGUGGAACAACAAAUCAGUGUUGCUCUCUCUCUCUCUCAAAUCAAUAAAUAAAAAUUUUAAAAAGGUGGGGUGGCUUUGGGCACCUGACAAAUGGCUGACCUCUGCUUGCUGCACAACCUUGAGAAUGAAAUAUUCUCCCUGCACCCCUCAAGGCCCCACACAACCUGCCCUGUCACCUCCCCUGCCUCACUCAGCCCCAGUCACAGGGGCCGCCUCCCUGUUCCUUCAACCAGCCGGGCCUGGUCCUGCCCCCAGGACUUUGCAAGUGCCGUGCCUUCAGAUAUCCAGCCUGGCCAGGGUUUGUUUACACGCCCCCAUGUCUGGGAGCUCACUCUCUACCACCGCCACCGGCAGCAAUAAGAAUUGUGAUACCACAUAGUGGCAAGUCCUUGGAGUGACUCGACAGCCUCUGCUCCGAAGCACCGCCCGGCCCAGUCUGGCCCAUGUGAUGUGCCUGGUGUUAAAGAGCCAGCGUUGGAAUCUCAGGCCAAGGAUGCAGCGCUGGAAGGCAGCGGCCUUGGCCUCGGUGCUGUGCAGUUCUGUGCUCUCCAUCUGGAUGUGUCGGGAUGGCCUGCUCCUCAACCAACGCCUUGGACCUGCAUUAGCCCCGCUGCGCCGGCCACCUCGCACCCUGGAUGCCCGGAUCGCCCGCCUGGCCCAGUACCGUGCACUGCUGCAGGGAGCCCCGGAUGCCGUGGACCUGCGCAAGCUGACGCCGUGGGCCGGGCGGUCCCCGAGUCCCCGCCGUCGAGCGGGACCCCGGCGGCGGCGCGCGCGUGCGCGGUCGGGGACGCGGCCGUGCGGGCUGCGCGAACUCGAGGUGCGCGUGAGCGAGUUGGGCCUGGGCUACACCUCGGACGAGACGGUGCUGUUCCGCUACUGCGCAGGCGCGUGCGAGGCGGCCGCGCGCGUCUACGACCUGGGCCUGCGGCGCCUGCGCCAGCGGCGGCGCGUGCGGCGGGAGAGGGUUCGCGCGCAGCCCUGCUGCCGCCCGACGGCCUACGAGGACGAAGUGUCCUUCCUGGACGCGCACAGCCGCUAUCACACGGUGCACGAGCUGUCGGCGCGCGAGUGCGCCUGCGUGUGACCCUACCUCACCGGUCCCGGCCAGACGGCGGCCACUUCCCCUGCCCCGAGGGCACCCACAGCCCCGCCUGGCAAACCCCGCCACAGACUGACCAGGUGCUGAAGAUGCCGUCGAGGCCUCGGGACUCUUGCGAUAACUGUACAGAGAUAAAGCGUGGAAAAUAGA